AUGCAGGAGGAGAGGUGUUUGAGUGAUAAGCAGAGCCUAUGUAUGGGAAUGGAUAACUAUACACGAGCGGCUAAUGGCCGAGUCAUGGCUGCACCCCGUGCUUGCUCGCCUCCACUGGCUGCCAGGAUUGAGGCCACAACAAAACCGCAUAUACAUGCUCCUGUAGUCGCAUGCGUCUAUCCACACCUCCCAGUUCCUGGCCUCGGCCGUAUAUUUGAUAUCUCAUGUGGGGCAUUGAGUUUUGGUUCAAGACCCGUGGGGGGCUACGGUUCCAAGACUGUUGUGGAUGGCUGCCUCGAAUUAACUGACGCUCCGAAACAGGUGAGUCUCGUAGAGGUGGGUGGUCUGAAUUCGGUCGCUUCGAUGGAGAUUCUUCUUGCCUCUGAGGGUAGACGUGGCAAAACGGAAUGGCUGGUAGUGUACGUACGGGGCAGUACAACAGCAAUGCUCUUUCUCCCUCGGGAGACACGUCGCCACAGUUCGGUCCAUUGCGGGCUCGCCAUGUGUAUGGAGUGGCUAGAAGCAGUUGGUAUGAGCCAGAUUCUUGUAGCUCUGCCCACUGGCGAAGAGGCGCUCUUCAAGAAUCUGCUCUUCCUCGGCUUCUCUCGGGUUUCCAAGGCGGUAGUGACUGGUCAACUUCCCAGUUGGUGUGACGGCUACACUUUGCUCAUUACCGAUCUUGCUAAAUCGUAA